UUCUCCCUUUCUACAUGUCCUUCUCUUUCUCUUUUUUUAUUCUCAGUAAGAGUGAAAGAGAGAAGAAGAUAGAGAAAGAGAAAGGGAUCACACCACCCUCCUCUCUCUCUUUCUCUCUCUCUCUAUGCAGUGAGCAGGUGUAGAGUGGGCGGGUUUUCUCCUGAGCCAGGUAAGUCAGAGUGGGUGGGGCCAAUGGUGUGUAAAGAGAGUCAGUGUGCACAGUAGCAACAGAAGAGUUGCACCUGUUCCUCUUCUCUCUCUCUCUCUCUCUCUCUCUCUCUCUUUCUCUCUUUUUCUUGCUGUCUCUCUCUCCCCUUUUCAUUUGGGGGAGGGGGUCGAUCAAGGAAUGGAUCCAAGGGAAUGUGAAGGGAAUGACAGAGAGAAUGAAAAAGAGGAGAAGAAAGAGAAGGACAGGAGGAUUAAGAGAAGGCCCUUCCUCAGGUACCUGGAGAGGAGAAGGACGGACACCAUAGUGGACGAUGACUCGGGUAAAGGAGACAUCAACAUCAACACGCUGGUGCGCAGGAGUCAGUCCGAUAAGACCGAGUACGGCGCCAGACUCAAAGGAAAACUGGCGCCCCAUGACCUCCCGUCCCCCCUACUGGAGCCUGAGGAGAUCCGUCACAGGAAGAUGGUGAAAAGGUCAAAGAUCCUAGAGGAGCUGGUGAGGACAGAGGAGGAUUACCUGAGAGAUCUGGACUUGUGUAUCAGGGAAGUGCUGGUACCGCUACGCAACACACAGGUAGUGGAUGUGGACCGUCUCUUCACCAAUAUGGAGUCUGUGAGCGCUGUAUCAGCAGAACUGCUACUCAGACUGCAGGAGGCCACAGCAGAACCUGAUCCAGAAACACAGCAGAUAGGGGAGGUGUUUAUCCAGGCGAAGGGUGCACUGGAGGAUGUGUAUAAGAUUUACUGUUAUCACCACGACGAUGCCAGUGCUCUGUUAAAGAGCUACGACACACAGGAGGACGCACAGCAGCACUUCAGGACCUGUAUAUCUGUACUCAAGCAGAUUUAUAGCCAAGAAGGGAAAUCCAACCUCCUAGACAUGGGCUCUUUACUCAUUAAACCUGUGCAGCGUGUGAUGAAAUACCCGCUCUUAUUGGCUGAGCUGCAGCAGGCCACGCCCCUCGAUCACCCUGACAAUCAGUCGUUACAGGAAGCGCUUACGACGGUGAAAAUCAUCAAUGCCAACAUCAACGAGUUUAAGAGGAGGAAAGACAUCGUGAUGAAGUAUAAGAGGAGUGAUGAUGAAGGAACACUGAAGGGGAAACUGAACAAAUUAAACAUUCACUCGAUCAGGAAGAAAUCUGACCGCAUCACCGGAUACUUCAAAAUCCUCACCGGGGUAGAACCACAGGUGCGUGAUGAAGCCUUCGAUAGAGAAGAAAAACUCUUCCGUAAUCUGGAGAAAGCCAUCAGGCAGCUGAUCAAAAAUCUCAACAUCUACCUGUUCCAUGCACAGGACAUGAUCGCGGUGGCGGUGCAGGAUGUGGAGGAUUUAGAGGCCAUCAUGAAGGAUCCGGAUAAAAUCGACACCAACGGUUUCCAGCACAGGAGGAACGGUCACGAUCCCUAUAAACACCUGGUGGAGCGGCUGGAGAGGUCGGUGCUGUCCCCACUGUCCUCUCUACAGGCCAUGUUCACGUCCCCUCAGAAGCUGAUCCAGAAGCGUUAUGAUAAGCUUCUGGACUCGUGUUCCUCAGGCAGUGAGGAGCAGCUUCAGGCUCAGCGUGACUACCAGGCACUAAACGCUCAGCUCACAGUCGACCUGCAGCACUUCAACCACGCCGCCCUGACCAUCCUCACCAACUGCCUGCUCACUAUCAUCAAGCUGCUCCGGGAACUGACCGAGGGGGCCAAACCAACCGUACACCAACUUCCUGCUCCUCUGUCGAACAUCAGCGAAGUGCACUACAGCAUCAUGGAGGAGAUUAGCAACCUGACGUUCUUCAGAGAAAACUCACAGAGACUGAUGGAGAGAAAAGUCAGCUUUGAGAAACGAGAGAGAAGGAACAUGAACUCUGGUGUGUGUUAUCAGGCGGUGGACAGUGUGCAGCCACAGACUGAGUGUGUGAGGUCCAGGCUGAUCUCUCAGUAUCCCUCUGAACGUCUGUAUGAACUGAAGAGGAAGUGUAAUGCCACACAGGACCAGGAUGUGACACUCCUGCAGGGGGAACUGGUGGCCUUACUAGAGGACCAUGACCCGUUCGGCAGCACCUCUCGCUGGCUCGUCGACACCGGGAGCACUCAGGGCUACGUGUACUCCACCUUCCUGAAGCCAUAUAACCCUCAGCGUGAUGUUCACAAUGAACGCACUGAGGAUUUCGACAAUCUUAGUCUGUUCGUGUCGGGCAACAGGAGGGGCAGUCACUCCAGCUACAGUCCAUCCACUCCAUCCAGCCAACAGGAAGAGAUACCGAGCCCAGAGGAUGAGGAGCAGCAUUUCUAUGCAGUGUAUGCAUUUGCGGCACGCUGUGAGCAGGAGCUCAGUCUGCAGGAGUACCAGCAUGUCCGAAUCCUGCAGUUCUCUGACCAGGGGGGAAACAAAGACUGGUGGCUUGCGGAGUCCAACGGCCAGAGGGGCUACGUCCCCGCUAACUACCUCGGCAAGAUGUCCUAUGCCUGAGGGCAUAACACCACACCCUAGCUAACUUCUCCUCUUAGUGUCCCAUACUUCAUCAGCAACAGUGAAGUGUGUUAGAGAUAGAGGGCUAAAUUGUGAUGAUCUAGAUAGAGCUUUUCUGAAUAUGUUCAAAUGCACCGUGGUGGCCUACAUGAGUGUGGUUGAGGACAUGUACACAAUGGACUAAUGUUGGUGUUUAUGGCACAAUAGUUUAUAGGUUGUGUGGUUUUGGGCGUACCUGUAGUGGACUGAUAAUGGUAUUUAUAAACACUAUAUAGUGUCUAGGUUGUAUGGUUUGGGACAUGCCCACAGUGAACAGAUGACAUUUAAAUGGACUAUGAAGUAAACAGAAUAUGUGGUUUGGGACGAGCCCACAGUGGACUGAUGACUGUUUAUGUGCACUAGAUAGUAUCUAGGUUGUGUGGUUUGGGACAAGCCCACAGCAGACUGAUGGUGAAGUUAUAGUGCAUACUUGUAAAAUAGAUAACAUGAGGGGAAGUGCAAGGGUGCAGACUGGAACAUAUCCCUGUUAAUUAAUUAUUUAUUUAACACAGUUCUCCAGAAUAAAUAGUGAUUUGCAUAAUGAAGGCCAAACCAGCACUAAGAGAUGAACACUCUUAGCACUUUGAUCUACACAUCUGUGUGCAGUGUUUCCUUUUACAGAUGAAGAAGAUGAUGAGCGUAUGGACUAUAGUGAUUCAGAUGAAGAUCAGAGUAUAAUGAUUUAAUAUAAAUAUAGAUCUAUAUGUUUAGCUAUAUAUUUCCAGAGCAGAUAUAAUUAUAGAAAUGCUAAAGAAUUAGUUUUAUAAGAGAUUAUUAAGUAAAUCUGAAAUGUGAUGAAUAAAUCUAUUUUAACCUGG